AUGAGACGGAAUGCGUAUACAUUCCUCGGAAAAACCCUGAGGAAGCUGAUUUUCAUUUUUUAUAUUCUGCCGUCGCGAAUACUCGGCAUAUUUCCGAUGCCCUCCGUCAGCCAUCAGGUUGUGUAUCGCCAACUGACCCUGGCUCUGAGGGAUCGAGGCCACGAGCUCGUCGUCGUGACGCCAGAUCCAUUGAGGAACCUAAAUCUGAAGAACUACACCGAGAUAGACGUGAGCGUCAACUACAACUACUUCACUUCAAUGAAUCGCAUACAUGCGAGAAAAACUUCGAGAUGGACUGAUUGGAUCUGGCCGAUCGUUCCCAGUUUUCUGAAUAGUACUGAAGAAGUCUUCGAUCAUCCGGAAUUCAAGAGGAUCUAUGCACCGCAAAGCGGGGAGAAGUUCGACUUGAUUUUGGUGGAGAUUUUUCACUGGCCAGCCAUUUUUGCAUUCGCGAAACGUUUCCACGCUCCGGUAAUCGGUAUCGCGCCUCAAGGACUGACUACUAACAUUCACUUCGCCGUUAACAAUCCCUUGAUGAUCUCUCACGAAUCAAAUUGGGACCAGGGUGCGGCAAUUUUUAAACAUUUGACGUUUUGGGAAAGGCUGAAGAAUUUCGUUGCCGUGUGGACUUUUAUCUACUGCUAUGAUACGGAGUACCUGCAGGCACAGCAUGCCAUCGCGCGAAAAUAUUUAGAUAUCGAAGUUUCAGAAUUACGUGAUCUACAGAAAAACACAAGUCUGAUAUUCGUUAAUCAGCAAGCAACGAUUUCGUACACCAGGCCAAAUAUUCCCAAAAUCAUUGAAAUCGGUAACUUUCACGUUUCAACGAAGAUCGAGCCUCUAUCAAAGGAUCUUGAGAAGACUCUUGACGAAUCCAAACAAGGAUUUAUAUACAUGAGCCUUGGGUCCAACGUGAAGAGCACCAUGUUGGACAAAAAAACACGCUCAGAAUUUAUCGGCGCGUUUUCCAAGCUUCCCUACACGGUAAUUUGGAAGUUCGAGGAUGAUUUUCUUCUCGGCAAACCAGACAACGUAAUAAUAAUUAAGUGGGCCCCGCAGCAGGCGAUUCUAGCUCACCCAAACCUGAAAGUCUUCAUGUACCAAGGAGGACUCCAGAGCACCGAGGAAGCAAUUUCUCACGGCGUUCCUGUGAUUGGUUUUCCGGUGAUGGCCGAUCAGGACAUGAAUGUUAACAAAAUGGUGUCUCUUGGUGUGGGAAAGAAGCUGGAAAUCACUAACGUAAACAGGGAAGAUCUGAUUGAAGCAAUACAAUCCGUUGCGACGGACGGCAGUUACAAGCAAAGGAUGCUAAACUUGCGCGAACUGCUGAACGACAGGCCGUACGAUUUACUGGAAAACGCAAUUUGGUGGACCGAACACGUGAUUCGUCACAGAGGCGCCCCUCAUUUGCACUCCAGCACCGCCGACGAGCCGUGGUACCAGCGCCAGGAUAUGGACAUCAUUUUUGUCAUCACCGCCGUAUCUCUGAUAGCCUCAAUUUUUACGAUAUUCAUUUUUUAUCAGUUAUCAACGUGUAUUAUUAUCGCGUUGAGCCCCUCGGUCAGUCAUCAGGUAGUUUUUCGCGGAUUGACCAUGGCCCUGAGGGAACGUGGCCACGAGCUCGUUGUCGUGACGACGAGUCCGGUGAGGGAUCCGAAUCUGAAGAACUACACUGAGAUAGACAUCAGUUUUCUUUACGAGCAGAAUUUCACAACGAAUUAUAUAGAGCUGCGACGAAACGCGCGCUGGAUUGAUUGGUUCUGGGACGUUUCACCGAUCCUACAUUUGUUCGGUGAAAAAAUCUUCGGACAUCCAGAAUUGAAGAAGAUUUAUGCACCGAAUAGCGGUGAAAAGUUUGACUUGAUGUUGAUGGAGACUCUUUAUUGGCCGACGUUUUUGGCUCUCGGUAAACGAUUCGACGUUCCCAUCAUUGGAAUCACGUCUUUGGGUCUUGCUCUGAACCUUCAAUACUCGGUCGGGAAUCCGGUACUGACUUCUCAUCAAUCGAACUGGGACCUUCCAAUAAAGGAAACGUCCGAUUCGCCGACGCUUUUAGAAAGGCUUAGGAACUUCUACGACGUAUGGAAGUACAUUUACUAUUACAACACGGAGUUCAUGCCUGCUCAGCAUUCCAUUGCAAAAAAAUAUUUGGGAAACGAGAUUCCAGAACUUGGUGAAAUCGAGAGGAACCUCAGUUUGAUUUUCACCAACCAACAGGAGCCGAUCUCGUAUCUUAGACCAACCGUACCCAACGUUAUUCAAAUUGGUAAUUUCCACGUGGCGAAGAAUAUCAAGCCUCUGCCGAAGGAUCUUCAGAAGACCCUUGACGAAGCCAAACAAGGAUUUAUAUACGUGAGCCUAGGAUCCAACGUGAAGAGCACCAUGCUGGACAGGAAAACACGCUCAGAGUUUAUCGCCGCGUUUUCCAAGCUUCCCUACACGGUAAUUUGGAAGUUCGAGGACGAUUUUCUUCCCGGCAAACCGGACAACGUAAUAAUAAUUAAGUGGGCCCCGCAGCAGGCGAUUCUAGAUCAAAUGGACGUCACCUUACGCAUCUUUUCAGCUCACCCAAACCUGAAAGUCUUCGUGUACCAAGGAGGACUUCAGAGCACAGAGGAAGCGAUUUCUCACGGCGUUCCUGUGAUCGGUUUCCCAGUGAUGGCCGAUCAAGACCUGAAUGUUAACAAAAUGGUGUCUCUUGGUGCCGGGAAGAAGCUGGAAAUCACUGACGUGAAAAAGGCCGAUUUGCUGGAAGCGAUACUGUCCGUCGCUGGGGAUAGCAGUUACAAGCAAAGGGUGCUAAACGUACGCGAUCUGCUGAAAGACAGGCCGUACGAUUCACUGAAGAAUGCAGUUUGGUGGACCGAGCACGUGAUACGAUACAAAGGUGCCCCUCAUCUCCAUUCUAGUACAGCCGACGACCCGUGGUACCAGCGUAGCGAUAUGGAUAUAAUCUUCUUAAUUGCUGCCGUAUUUCGGUCAAACAUGUCGCGACAGUUGGUGUGCAAAUCAAUAUCGCUGAUUCUUCUCGUUACUGCGUGGGAGUUUGGAAAUGGAUCGCGAAUACUCGCCGUAUUUCCCUCAUCCUCGGUCAGUCAUCAGAUAGUUUUUCGUGGAUUGACCCUGGCCUUGAGGGAACGAGGCCACGAGCUCGUUGUCGUGACGCCGAAUCCGGUGAAGGACUCGAAUUUGAAAAACUACACAGAGAUAGACGUCAGCUACAUCUACAAGGAAAAUACGUCGUUGGACCUGAUAGAUGUGCGGAGAAAAAUGAACUGGGUUGAAUUCGUUCGUAUAGUGGCAUACACGUUUCACGCGUUUAGUGAACAAAUCUUCCAGCAUCCUGAUUUUAAAAAGAUCUACGAGCCAGGCAGCGGUGAAAAGUUUGACUUGCUGCUGAUGGAGACACUUUAUUGUCCAGCAUUUCUAUCGCUUGCCAAACGGUUCGACGUUCCGAUAAUUGGAAUGUCGUCCCUAAGUCCGGCCCUAAACGUGCAAUACUCUAUCGGAAACCCGAUACUGUCUACACAUCAAUCGGUUUGGGACCUGCAUAGAAACGAAAUGUCCGAUCCACCGACGUUUUUUGAGAGGCUGAGGAACUUUGUCAACGUAUGGAAAUACAUUCAUUAUUUCGAGAAUGAGAUCAUGCCAGCACAACAUGCUAUUGCGGAAAAAUAUUUGGGAAUCAAGAUUCCGGAUCUUGGCGAAAUCGAGAGAAAUCUCAGUUUGAUUUUCGUCAACCAACAGUUGCCGAUCUCGUACCCCAGGCCAACCGUACCUAUCGUGGUUGAAAUCGGUAACUUUCACGUUUCGAAGAAGGUCGAUUCUCUGUCGAAGGAUCUUCAGAAGACUCUUGACGAAUCCAAACAAGGAUUUAUAUACGUGAGUCUAGGAUCCAACGUGAAGAGUACCAUGCUGGACACGAAAUCACGCUCAGAGUUUAUCGCCGUGUUUUCCAAGCUUCCCUACACGGUAAUUUGGAAGUUCGAGGACGACUUUCUUCCCGGCAAACCAGACAACGUAAUAAUAAUCAAGUGGGCCCCGCAGCAGGCGAUUCUAGCUCACCCAAACCUGAAAGUCUUCGUGUACCAAGGAGGACUUCAGAGCACUGAGGAAGCGAUUUCUCACGGUGUUCCUGUGAUCGGUUUUCCGGUGAUGGGCGAUCAAGACAUGAAUGUUGACAAAAUUGUGUCUUUUGGUGCGGGAAAGAAGCUGGAAAUCACUAACGUAAACAGGGAAGAUCUGAUGGAAGCAAUACAAUCCGUUGCGACGGACGGCAGUUACAAGCAAAGGAUGCUAAACUUGCGCGAACUGCUGAACGACAGGCCGUACGAUUUACUGGAAAACGCAAUUUGGUGGACCGAACACGUGAUUCGUCACAGAGGCGCCCCUCAUUUGCACUCCAGCACCGCCGACGAGCCGUGGUACCAGCGCCAGGAUAUGGACAUCAUUUUUGUCAUCACCGCCGUAUCUCUGAUAGCUUCAACUUUAUCUCUGAUCAUUGUGUAUCGUUUGUUAAGUUACAGUAUUAACGCUUUCAGCCAUCAAAAAUUACCGGUGAAUAAAAAGAAGAAGAUGUAAAGAGCUAGUUAUAUUUCACCGGUAUAGUUAUAAUU